GCGACUCGCUCUAACGCCCCCUGAUCUCUCAAAAUGACGGCGCUACUUGUAAAAAGCUCGUGGAAACAGCACGAGCCUGCCCUACCCGUCGAUGACAUCCUGCCCGACAACCAGCUACAGGAGGCGCGCGCCUGGACCCACAAGCUUCGCCACGGCGAGAGCACCAGCAAGAGUCCCAAGCCCACUGACGCCGUCCUCUCGCCCACGCAGACAAACAAACCCAUAGUGGUCGAGACCAGCAGCAAAAAGCACCGAUUCUCGCUGCGACGCCUCUUCAAGCACGAAUACCUUCAUGGACAGGGAAGAAAUCCUGCCUUCGUGCCGCCUGUGCCCAAUCCUACGGACUUCCUUACUCGCGAGCGCCACGGCGGCGUAACAGUCAGCGGCAAACGCGUGCCCUUCACACGUGACGCUCACAAGCGCAGGAAAAAGACAUCGAAGCCCCUUCCACGCAUCAAUGAGGACCGCGCGCUCGUGCCGGUGAGCUCAUCUGUGGAGGCCUACCGUCGCCGGGCCUACUACCCGGCCAAGAACGAAAAAUUCAAGAAAUGAGG